AUGUCAGAAGAGGAAUACUCACAAUUUUUGUUUGAAAAGCAUGAUCUCAACAAAUUUAACAGAUAUGAGGAAUUAAAUGAUUUCAAAGGAUUUAGAUUGCCAGAUGACAAGAAUAAAACUAUUUAUUUAUUAGAUUAAGAUGGAGGGUAAUUGAAUUUUUGAAUUUAGGUGGUGUGAUUUAAAUGGUUGUUAUUAUAAUCAGGAUGGCUAACCAAGUGGAUGGAUAAUAUUGAAUAAAGAUGGAAAAAAGUUUAUGAGAUUUAAUUUGAGCACUGAGUUUAUUGAAGAAUAGGAAAAUAUUUAUUAUUCCAAUUAAUCUUUUGAUGCAACAAAGUAGGAAUAAAAUUAACAAAAACACAAUAAUAACAAUUAAAGACCUAAAUAAGAGAAUAGAAAAAAAUAUAAUUAAUCUAAUCAAUCCAAUUAAAAUCCUUAAAAAAAAUAGUAUUAGCACAAACAAAAAGAUUAAGAUGGAGAAAAAACUAAUAAUUAAGCAAAUUUAGAAAAAACAAAGGAAUAAUAAGAAGAUGAAGAAGAAGAGUUAUAUGUUUAAAAAAAAGAUUAAUAACAACCCAAUCGAGUAAAUAAUACUAGUGAUAAUUCUAAAAAUAAUGAUAGAGAUGGAAAUUAAAGAAAUCAAAGGGAUAGAAAAUAUAAUAACAAAAAUCAAAAAAAUUAAAAGAAGAAUGAUCAGAAUCAGGAUAAUAAUGAAAUUAAGAAAUACUAUAUUUUGAACAUCAAUGAUAACACUUUGAACAAAGAGGACUUUGUUAAAUAUUUAAUAGAAGAGUGUAAAAUUAAAUAAGAAAAUAUAAUCGAUUACGAUGAGAAGAUCUUAAAGUUAGCAUAAGACAAAGAUGCCAUUAAAUUAUAUAGAUUGAAUAAAAAAUAAUAAACGGAUCAAGUCUAAAAAUUCAUUGUCUCCACAUGA